AUGCCGGCCGCGGUGACCCUCGCCGGUCUGCGGGACGUGGUGGAGCAGUGUCCUCACCUGCAGAUACUCUACGUCGCACUGACAGAUGUCAAGAGGGCCGUGUGCGAAGAGCUCCUUGCGCGGCGCCCCCCUCCCGCGUGUGGUGACGGCACCCACGAAGCGUCGCAGGUCUUUAAGCUUGGCAUCGGCACGCCUUCUAUCGAGCCCCAGGACGUCGCCGCUGUCGCCGCAGUGCUGACCAUGAUCUUCCCUGCCCGCGAUUUCGGGAUAUACGUUCCGUGGAGCAUAUUCAAUGAUAUAGGAGCGUCCCCGGGCCGCUGGUGGUAUAAAGUGGACAGGGCAUCGCUAGCCUUCCAGUUGGUGCGACAGCAGGAGCAGAAACACGCUCUUGAGAGGGCUCGUGUAGCACGGCCUGCCCUCAGUCCGGAUGGGAGCACCGUUACUGAAUGCACGGACGAUGUCUACACGAGGUGCACGCUGCUUUCCUUAGCAAAGACGUGUCGCGCAUUCUCCCCGGUCGCACUCAAAUUCCUCUGGAGCGAAUUGACGUAUGAGCCCAACCCCUUGUUUCUGGUGCUCCCGGAAGGCUCAGUCUUACGUCGCGAGAGAGAUGCAAAAGACAAUAUGCCCCCUUCAUAUGUGCUGUAUCCUGCUCGUGCAAGCUUCUCGACCUCUGAACUCGAAAGAUUCUGCUUCUAUGCAGAGUUUGUCCAAUCCCUCACCGUCCCUGUACUUCCGACGGUCGGCGGCUCUAUUGCCAUUGUCUGUCCGGACAUAUGGCGUCAGCUCAAACCCCCACACGGACCUAUCUUCCCCAAUCUCCGCACACUGUCGUUUCGCCUGAAUUGGUCACAACAAGCUCAAGAUCCUGUUCCCUUACGCUACUUCUUCGGCCCGAACCUAGAGAUCUUGCGAGUAGAGUUUGGAUUCGGCGAGCCUGAGGGCCAGUUGGAAGACUUGGAGUCGGACACCACCCACGCUGCCACUUCGUUGAUCGAGCUCCUCGUUAACCUCCCGCACCAGUCACCUCUCCUACGUCAACUAUAUCUGAACAAAAUCGGCCCCGCCAUCUACGCACAGGGUCCCCUGACGCAAGCGCUACAAGGCUUGUCGAGCCUGACCACAUUCGAAGCUAUAGAGAGUACUCCGCUUUCUCCAGACGGCGUACUGGUGCUCUCCUCCCUUCCUAGCCUCGUAUCUGCCGCAUUCGCCGCACAGGCCGCGGAUUACCUGCUACUUCACGACAAUGCAGAUGAGCGUAUCGAUUCUACCAACUUCCCUGCUCUCCGGAAGCUUCAGCUCGUCGUAGACACCGCCGAAUGCGGCAUGUCACUCCUCUCUUGGCCCGUCAUAGACCCUCCAGGACUCAACGAGCUCGAAGUCAAGGUCGACGUCGAAACGAACAUCACCCCCCUUCAGUUCGCGUCGAUAACCGCCACGCUCCCCGCAAAGCGCUGCCGCACCACGCUCGAUACGGUCAUACUGUGCGGGUGCAACAACGUCGAUUUCGACUCCCCUCCGCCCGUCGCCUAUCCACCGUCCGCCAUCACAGCUUCAUCUGCGCGGGAACUGCUACGCGGCCCUCGAUGA